UCUCUCAGUCUCUCUCUGUGUAUAUAUAUAUAUAUAGCAUGACAAACUUGACCCAAAUUAAUAAAGUGCCAAAGUCCAAAAAGGAAAGAAGAAAUUAAUUCAAUGACGAACCUUCCUCCUGGGUUUUGCUUCUCUCCAACAGAUGAAGAACUCAUCCUUCACUUUCUUUAUUCCAGAAUUUCUCUACCAUUCCAUCCCAGCAUCAUACCGGACCUUGAUCCCUCUCAACUUCAUCCAUGUCAAUUAAAUGGUAAGGCGUUUUCAAGUGGGAAUCAACACUAUUUCUUCACCAAUAAAGUGAAGGAAAACAGAAGCACAGAAAAUGGGUAUUGGAAGGAAAUAGGUUUGAGCGAACCUAUAAUCUCAGCUGAUGCAAACAAGAAAUUGGGAAUCAAGAAGUAUUUUGUCUUCAAUCUUAAUGAAGGCACAGAAACCAAUUGGGUCAUGCAGGAAUACCAUAUUUCCUCAUCUAUGUUCCACAACCCUAUUUCAUGUUAUACAAAUGGAACUGCUCAUCGAAGAUUAUUAAAACCUGAUCAAAAUCAGAACAAUAAAUGGGUUUUGUGCAGAGUGUAUGAGAAGAACAAGUCACAAUCACAACAAGGUGCAACUGCAAACUCCUACUAUAGCGACGAGGAUGAUUGUGGAUCAGAACUUUCAUAUCUAGAUGAGGUUUAUCUGUCACUUGAUGAUGAUCUUGAAGUCAUAAGCCCCCCUAAUUAAUUAGAGUGAUGCAAUUUAAUAAUAGUGUAUAUUAUUAUAAGAUAAUGUUACAUGAUCUAGCGUGCUAGAAUUCCUGAUAAUGUUACACAUGUAUCUUGAGUAUAGCAGAUCUAUUAGGGACAUAACACUACUAUAUUAGUUACAUAUACACAUGCAGGACCCCAAAGUAAUUAAUUAGGUUCAAAGUUUUAUUGUCCUUAUACAUACACCAUAUACAUAUAUAUAUAUAUAGAGAGAGAGAAUAAUAUAUAUAUUUUUGCUUCCAGUAGAUUAUAUAUAUAUUGAUGCAGCUCAUGUAUGUAUGUAGACAGUGGUUGUGUCUUUUCCUAGUGAAGUUAAAGUUUGUUCACCACUUUAA